AAGAAAGCAGAAACUUUCUGCGAGGCUACUUGACCGAAAUGUUGGCCACCUUUCCAGGCUCGGCCAAUAUCGACGGCAAGGCCACGAGUCAUCAGGAUCUUUUGAGACUGAUGCAAGCAAACAAUGGUGCGACGAUGCAGGGCAACGCGAUGCUACAGAGCGGAGGACAGCAGCUGAACAUGCUGGGCCAGAAUUCUCAGCCGCUACCGAGUUUCGUGAAGGACUUUGACUUCUGGAGCGAGACGGAGCACAUGAAGUUCUUGGCGGCGAUGAAGUCUGGGUUCAAGCUUGAGCUUGCAACCGUUGCUCUGCUCAUUGGCACUCGAACAUCUAGUCAAGUCGAUAGCCAUUACAAGCUCUACAUGAUCGCUCGGCAGAAGUGUCUGCUCGGGAGCGUGGAGGGCAAGCAGGAGAAGGAGCUGUCUCUUGCUGAGAUGUACAAUGCGGUCGGGAUCUAUAACCUCUGGAUUCAACACCAGAUGCAAAGGCAGACCAUCGACCUUACAAGUAGUAGCAACAUGAACAGCAACAACAUGAACAAUAUGAGCAGCAGCAUGGGCAGCAGCAACAGCAUGGGCGGCGGCAGCAACAGCAGCAGCAGCAACAACAGAUCAAACUUGUUGUACAAUAGCAUCGCAGGGGGAAAUGUAAAUCUUUCCGGUUUGCAGACAAUUGGAAGCGUCUCGAACAUGCAACAGAUCGGAGGAGGGAGCAACUCCAUCAACCUCCUUGUCAACGAGCAGCUUGAGCAUCUAAAGAAGCUCUCCUC